AUGAAGACAUUAUUUGUCUUCGUGUUUUUAGCUCAAUUUUUUUAUUCAAAAGCUGAACCUAGAAUUGAAGAGGUUUGUUAGAGAAGACAAACAAGAAUUUUUUAAAUUUCAUAUGAAAGGGAUUUUUCAAAAAAACAUGAACCUUGAAAAAAAGUUCCAAAUUUUAGGUGAUUUUUUGGAACUUUUAUUUUGAUGCUCCCAAUACAUUCGGAACUGCUAGUUUCAACUAUUCAUCAUACCCGCUCUUUCUAAAAAAUCUCAAAAAACUUUCCACUUAUAUCCAGGAUGAAGUCUACAGUGCUCAACCAAAUAAUGCUCCAGUGACACGUGUCUAUGUUUUUGGAAAACCCGUGUAUAUUCGACAACCAUAUGUGGUCCCACAACGAAAUUAUACAGCCAGAGACGCAAAUUAUGCGAGAGAUGAUCAAAGUGUGGAAGAGAUUGUGAGUUGCCGGAAAAAUAUUCAUAGGGGAAGGUUGUGAAUUUUUGAAAUAUAUAUUUUCCUAUAAUUUUGAGUACCUUCCCGGGUGGUACUGUACUGUAGAUUUUCAAAAAUUUUCGGUAUUCUGUGGUUUUGUUUUUUCAAAGAAAACAUUCAAAUAUAUUUCUAAAUUUUUUUGGAGUGGAAAUCUGAUUUGUCUGUAAAAAAUAGUUAAAGUUACUUCACAACUGGUAUUACUUGAAAUAAAUACUGUAUUUUUUAGAACCUUUUUUUUUGUUCCCCAAUUGAAAAUUCCAGUUAUCUCGGCCGAAUUUAUUCGAUCGCCGCCGUCAUCGAGAUGCUUAUGGAGAUGAUCAACCUAGAUAUAAUACAGAUGAAGCAAUAACAAAUGAAAAUAAAGACGGAUAUAAUAAUGAUGGAUCAUAUUCGAAGCCAAAUCCAAAAUAUCCAUUAAAACAAUGUUAUACAGAAAAAAGUGGAUAUAUGUGUUGUAAUAGAAAUUUGGAGAAAUUAAUGCAUGAUACAAUCAACAAAAUGGUGACGAAUAGUUGGAAAAAUUGUAAUAUGCAAACAAUGGGAAAUAAUUUACAGGUUCUUGUUCAUUUUUUCUCAUGAUUUUUUCUCAAACAAUAAUUUUUAGAGUGCUUGCGAGUCAGCUUUUGGCACAGAUUUUGAGACUGUUGUUGGUGUCAGCGAUUUUGCAUCGAAAAUUCAUUUUUAUUCAGAUUAUGUUUGUAAAAUGGAGCGAGAAGGUCGUGUUUUACUUGUUUAUGCAACACCAAAUCGUCAUAACACAAAUGAACCAUAUAUUUCUCAUCGGAUAUAA